CAACAUCUCAACCUCACAACCUCUUAAGAUACCACGAUGUACUACGAAGACAUGCUCAAAGAAGUGUUGGGCGCGCAAGUCCUGCGCGGACCCAAUAUGAAGAACGCGCCGGCCUUCUACCGGCGCCUGGAACAGUCCAUGGACGUGGUGCGCGAGCGCCACGCCCUCAACACGACCAAACCACGAUGGCCCGACAGCGUGCUGGACCUGACGACCAGCGACUUCCUGUCGCUCAACCGCACGGGGCGGAUCCGCGAGGAGUUCCAGCGCGAGCUCGCCAGCCGGGGGGAGUUCCGGCUCAGCGCCUCCGGGUCGCGCACGCAGUACGGCAACUACGACUACCUGCUAGAGGUGGAGCGCGAGGUGGCGGCCUUUCACCGUGCGGAGACGGCGUGGAUCGCCCAUUCGGGCCUCCUGGCCAACAUGGCGGUGCUCGAGGCGAUCCCGCUUCCCGGGGACGCGAUCGUGUGGGACGAGCUCUCACACGCGAGCACGAGCCUUGGUAUCAAGCUCAGCGUCGCGGCGCACAAGGUCUCCUUCCAGCACAACAGCGUCGACUCCUUGCGCGAGGUGCUGGCCAGCCUUCGAGACGCCGAUCCGGGGUUCCGCUUCGGCGAGAAGAAUAUCCUGGUUUGCGUCGAGUCGGUGUAUAGCAUGGACGGGGAUAUCUGUCCCCUUCGCGAGUUUGUGCAGGUCGUCAAAGAAAUGUUCCCAGCGGGAAAUGCCCAGUUUCUCAUCGAUGAGGCGCAUAGUAGUGGAGUAUUGGGGCCGAAGGGGGCGGGCUUGGUCCAAUUGCUGGGGUUGGAGAAAGAGAUUGCUAUCCGGGUCCACGUCUGCAGUAAGGCGCUUGGGGCGACGGGAGGUGUGAUCUUGUGCAAUAGAACGGUGCGCAGCGCUCUCGUGAACUCAGCGCGAUCCUUGACAUACAGCGGUGCGCCGUCGGUGCCGAUGGUGGCCUCUAUCCGCGCGGGCUAUCAGCUGCUGAUGAGUGGCGAGACCCAGAAGGAACAAGCCGCCAUCCAGACCAUUGUGAAAUAUUUCUUGCAGACCCUCCUGGAUCAUCCCAUCUGGGGAGAAGGUAUGGACGAGGGUCUUCUCGAUGUCCCCCUCGCCGAGGGCUGGGAAGACCGAGCCUUCCACAGUCACAUCGUGCCAUUGCGGACUAGAAAUGGUCACGAGCACUACCUGUUCGCCCACCUGGCCAUGUCGAACAUGAACGCUUACGCCAUCUCGUACCCCAUUGUACCCAAGGGAACGGGCCGCAUCCGGCUCGUGUUCCAUGCUCAUAAUACCGAGAAGGAGGUGGAUCAACUGGUGCAAACGGUGGCGGACUGGGUGACGGAGAUGCUGGAGCUGCAGCGCAGUGGAUCAAAGCAUGCUGUUCCGAGGGCGGCGAGGGUGGCAUACUCCAUGGGAUUGUCGAGCUAGUAGUAACUUA